ACGCAACCUACUGGUUGGAGACAUAUUUCCCACCGAGUUGGACCUCCUCACUGCUGUAAAACGACAGGGUCAAUGUGGUCCCAUGACCACGGAGACAAAUAUAUUUUAUUUGUUGGUAUUAAAAUAUUAAUUCUGGAAGAAAGAAGUCAACCGCCGCUCACUCUGCUUUCCCCAAGGUGUGGGACGUAAGGAUCUGAUUUCUCUGGGGUGGCUAGCUUGCUAGCAGGCUGCGGUUCGCCAUAGUUGUUGUUUACUUGAUGUAGGCUGGAAGAUAUCAGAGAUGUGGGCCUUUUUCGCUCGGGAUCCAGUUAAAGACUUUAAUUAUGACUUUUUACCGGAAACUCAAGAAACGUCUGGAAUAUGGACACUACAUCGGGGAAAACGAAAGACAGGUGGGGAGCCAGUAUCAGUGUUUGUGUACGAGGUGUCAACAGGGACAGAGGAACAGACCCAGCUAGCAAAGGCAGCGUUCAAACGCAUGAAGACCCUUCGACAUCCCAACAUCCUGGCCUACGUAGAUGGAUUGGAGACAGAGAAGAGCCUGUACCUGGUCACAGAGCAGGUCACCCCCCUGGCAGCCCACCUGAAGGCCCAGUCAGACCGGGGGGGCUCUGGGGAUCUGGAGAUGUCCUGGGGCCUUCAUCAGAUUGUGAAAGCCCUUAGUUUCCUGGUGAAUGACUGCCACCUCCUUCACAAUAACCUGGGUAUCUGGUCUGUGUUUGUGGACCGAGCUGGAGAAUGGAAUCUUGGCGGUCUGGACCACAUGACCCCAGAGAACGAGGACGCCUCCACAUCACUACCCUCUGCUAAAGCUGUUCACUCUGACAUGGACAAAUACGACCCCCCUGAGUCACCAAACGGUGGAGAGAAAUGGGCUGGGGAUGUGUGGCGGCUGGGCUGUCUGAUCUGGGAAGUGUUCAAUGGUCCACUGCCCCGAACCUCCUCCCUACGCUCCCUCGGAAAGAUCCCUAAAGCAUUGGUUCCACACUACUGUGAGUUGGUAGGGGCCAACGCCAGGGCCCGGCCAAACCCAGCUCGCUUCCUCCAGAACUGCAGAGCUCCUGGAGGAUUUCUUAGCAACAGCUUUGUGGAGAGCAACCUUUUCCUUGAGGAGAUCCAGAUCAAAGACCCUGCAGAGAAGCAUCAGUUUUUUCAGGACCUGAGUGAGAACCUGGACUCAUUCCCAGAGGACUUCUGUAAGCACAAGGUGCUGCCACAGCUACUCACUGCCUUUGAGUUUGGCAAUGCUGGUGCUGUCGUCCUCACACCUCUGUUUAAGGUGGGUAAGUUCCUGUCUGCGGAGGAGUACCAGCAGAAGAUCAUUCCUGUCAUUGUAAAGAUGUUCUCCUCUACAGACCGGGCCAUGAGGAUACGACUGCUUCAACAGAUGGAGCAGUUUAUUCAGUAUCUAAAUGAUGCAGCGGUGAACUCGCAGAUCUUCCCUCAUGUUGUUCACGGUUUCACAGACACAAACCCAGCCAUCAGAGAACAGACUGUCAAGUCCAUGCUGCUGCUGGCCCCCAAGCUGAAUGAGAGUAAUGUGAAUCAGGAGCUGAUGAGGCACUUUGCACGACUGCAGGCGAGAGACGAGCAGGGACCAAUCCGCUGCAACACCACCGUGUGCCUGGGAAAGAUUGCCCCCUACCUCAACGCUGGGACGCGGCAGCGAGUGUUGAUCUCUGCGUUCUCUCGGGCCACUAAGGACCCGUUUCCUGCUUCUCGGGCGGCCGGGGUUCUGGGCUUCGCAGCAACGCACAACUACUACAGUGUGACGGAGAGCGCAGCACGAGUACUGCCAACACUCUGUACCCUCACUGUUGACCCUGACAAGAACGUUAGAGAUCAGGCGUUCAAAGCCAUCAAGAGUUUCCUGACAAAGCUGGAGACUGUUUCUGAAGAUCCAACCAAGCUGGCUGAAAUAGAAAAGGAUGUGAUGUCAUCAGCCCAGCCGGCGGGGGCAGCAGCCAGUUGGGCAGGCUGGGCAGUGACGGGGGUGUCCUCUCUGACCUCCAAGCUCAUCCGAACUGGCCCGGGGGCAGAGGUGGGCGGCCCGGCCAACAACACACCUGUUGCUGCUGGUACUGCCUCUCCUCGCACAGGGAACCCUGUGACAGAUGGGGUACCCGUGGGCUCCGAAGUUAAACCACCACCGGCCUCCAUGACUCUACCCUUUGCUUCUGGCCUUGCUAUCCAAUCAGACUCCCUUAAGGUGACAGAGAAGGACGAGGAGCCAAUUGGAGACCGUUGGGAUGACGAGGACUGGGGAAGUUUAGAGGAUGCAGAGAAGGUACAGGCAGCUGACCCAGAUGACUGGAACUCUUCUGAUUGGUCAGGAAUGUCAUCAGUCAAAAAGAAGGCCAGUGUCAGAGGAGUGUCUCUAGCCUCUGAGGCAGUAAAAAAGCAGAGCUCUGAUUGGAGCAGCUCAGGUUGGGAUGCUGACGACAGCUGGUCCAAUGAGAAGGAGGCUGACAUCCAGGGUCAGAGUUCACCAGGAGAGGAUGGGUGGGGCAAUGACUGGGAAGAGGAGGGUAGGAAUGCGCCAACCACUAAGAGUGCUGCUUUGCCGGAGGGGGUUCGGUUAGCCAGCGAGUAUGACUGGGACAUUAAGGGAGACACGCAGACUGACUUCCUUGCCAAUGUGUCUCAGAGAGCAACGCCCACCCCCACUGCUAUGGUUGGUGAUGGCUGGAGUGCAGAGCCUGCUGGAGACUGGGGAGCCGAGGAGAGCUGGGAGUCUGUGGGCGGAAGUCCAGCAGGCCUAAGCAAGACAGAGCUGGCCAAGAAGAAGCGUGAGGAGAGGAGGAAAGAACUGGAGGCCAAACGAGCAGAACGCAAGGCAGCUAAGGGUCCUCUCAAACUGGGCGCUCGGAAACUGGACUGACUGGGAAAAAAAUUAGGGCUGGUGGAAGACGGGAAGCAAAGCAGACCGUGUGCUGUGAUAACGUUUCCCUGACUCCCACAGAGAGGGUGGACUGUAUGGCAGGAUCAACAUUCCAUAAUCAAAAUAACAAGAGAAACUGUGAACUGGAUGACGGUGCAAGCUGCUUAUUGUUUGACAAAGGGAUAAGAGACAGGACUCAUCCAGACUAUUCUGGGGUUUAAACAUUACAUCACAUAUUUACGUUGUAAAGAAUUGUAUUUGUCUGAAAAGGACUGUGACAAAAAAAAACUGAACAUGUUUUUAUAAAUAAAUGAUAUCAAUGUUGUUAGGUUGUAAUUUCUGGUGCAAUAAUCCAGACAUACUCUGAGAAAAACUCAAGCUAGAUUUAUUCACCACAGUGGGUGUUGCAGCUGCACAGCACACCUAGAGGUCACACAAGGACAUACUGUAUAUUUAUACCUUCCGACUAGGCGGCGUCACCUCCUUGUAUUUCUAAGAUAAAUAAUCGGUCUCUGUUUCUGGACAGGAACUGAGUCUGUUCCUCUUCUUGGUGUUCUCGUGUCCCAGCCUGAGUCCGGAACCUUCCUGCUCCUCCGUGCCUUAGUUAUUGGGAGUACACAUUCCUACAGUCGACUGCAGUCCACUAGAUAAUUACACUUUUCAUACACAAAGAGCUGAAACUUAACACUACCUUCAUUCUCUAAGAAUUUAAAAGAUCUAUAUAUUCAUAUUAAGAGUAUAUAAUAAUAUAAAACUGUAACGAUAUUAGACAGUGCCCUAAAACAGAUAAUAGGAUCCAUCAGUCUUAACCCCAGACACAUGGCUCCUAUUCAACCCUCAUGGAAUCAUUCUGGUACUCAGCCUUUGUACUUUACCUGUCCCCAAACACAAUGCACAUCAAUCAUUCCAACUGACCCAUAACACGAUAAUUACUACUGUUAGGAUUAUUAUACAAUUAUAAACAGAUUAGAGUCAAAUUGUUUUAAAAAAUGAUAUAAAGUGUGUGUAUAUGCAUGAAAGUUUAUUUGACAUAUACACAUAAAUGGGUUAUGAAUGUUUUAUAUGAGCUGUCACACUGCAGAAAUAAGACUGAUAGUCUUCAAGCAUGGGUCUGUAUAUGUGACUUACCUACCAAACAACAUAUUGUACUUCCCUGAAGGGUAAUGCUGGGACACGUUCAGCAAGGCACAAUGUUGUGGAACAGAUAGAAAUAUGUUAUGUAGAACACACAUGCCUCUUAUAGAAUAAGGAAUCAUGUCUAUUUAUGAUAUUUCUAUCUUCAACGUUCCACAAUGUUUGCCUACUGAAAGUGGCCCUGGUCUCUGUUGAUGAACUGUACUUCACUGUACGCAGAUGAAUAAUAUAGACCACCCCUCUGAGCCAAUCAGUUAUUAUUAUUAGUGAUGGUGGGUUGACUGACUUGAAGCCAAACUAUUGAACAUGGACAGUGUCAUGAAAUUUUACCUGUAGAUUCCUCCUAUAUAUUUAUGGAGUCACUGAGUUAUUUAAUACCAAAUCAUAAAGUGCAAAAUAAUUCUGUCCAUCAACUAUCUUGUUAGAGUUGGCUGGGUCAAGGGAAGGUUCUGUUUGUGUCUUUGUUGGAUGGCAGCACUAUUUACUGGUGUUAUGUGGUCAGAUGAUUGAUGAUUUUUAAAUAUGUUGUGGAUGGGGAGGGAGGGAAGUUCAUAUGGAAGAAGACAGUAAAAUCAGAUGCAUUGUUUUAUAAAGGUGGAUUCUUGUGUACCAUGUGAACAAUUCCUAAAUAAACCAUGACAAUAAAA